CUUCCCUCUCCCCAUCGUUGGAUAGUCAAAGUUGAUGUUCGGUUUUGCAAGUCUCGUUCAAAAAUGUCGCACAAGGAGAAGAAGGUGGCUAAGGGGGCGAAGAAGUUCUGGAAUGCGAUUAUGACAGGAUGGGUUGUUGAAUAUCCGAAUUCGAGGGAUGGGCCAAGAGACUUUUUCGAUAGGAGGGAUAGAACACCGCAGGGAGUGAAGGAGAAGAAGAAGUCUGGCGGAUUGGAAAGAUGUUCAUCUAAUGGAGAGGAAGCUGCUGACAACUGAAGGCGGCCGGACGUUGUUGAGGAGCAAGAAAUGGGUGCAUCGAAGAUGGGCGAGAAAAACUUACCUAGAGGACAUAUUGAAAGGUAAGUCGGUACUGAGAUUCAUUUUCCAUAAAAACUAGAACCCCAAACCGAUUGAACGGUUGUGUUAUGAAGGGUUGUCCCUUGGAGACGUAUGAGCGAAGCAGCGACGAAGUCUAAAUUGGAAUCUUCUCCCGAUCAUAACUAUCACUUCGUCGACGAUGUUCGUGGUGAGAGGUAUAAUGAUGGUAUCAAUUAUAACGUGGAUAAUAAUUACUGGGGUUGAAGACACAAAGCUGGAGCGAUUUCCAAUCACGUGCUCCGUCAUCUCUCCGUCUUCCAUUUCCACUUAGUGUCUUUGGAUUAGGGCACUGAUGCGCUGGGGGUCCCUGAGAUCGUGGACCACGCAUCUCUCCCAUCGAGUCGUCAAAACCUUGCCUCGUC